CGAAGAUGGAUGGGAUCCUUUUGCCAGUUCUGAUGACAGCAACACUGACAGUGUUCGUGUCAUGCCAUCAAGUCUGCUUCAUCGGAUCGGAGUACAACCCACAAUCUGGUAUCCCACCCCGUUGGUUCCUACCGUACAAAGAUCCAUGCAAUUGCACCGCUAUUCGUCUCGGCGGGAUGCGCAUCCCUGCUUCGUCAUACCGCCAGGGGGCGCCCUACUAUCUGGAUCAUCUCAUCCUAAGUGAGGACCCAAAAGAAAUACAGGCGGUCUUCAAUUGCCCGGUUUCAGCAGGUGGAUGUGUGACCUCGGAGCCCUUGGGACUUGAAGACGGCACCAUCCCUGAUGACCGGAUAAGAGCGUCAUCAAUCUUCUCUGAGGAAUACCUAGCAGCAUAUGCGCGACUGAACAACCACGGUAGUUCCUGGGCGGCCAAAAGCUCCCAAAAUUCCUGGAUCGAGGUGGACCUGCAUGACCCCACCGUGGUGUCUGGUGUCAUUACCCAAGGCUCCACAUACAGCCAUAGAUGCGUGACAAAGUACAGGGUGAGAUACCAGUCGUCUCAUUCCUCGGGCUACAAAUAUGUCAAAGAUGAAGAUGGAUUCACCAAGGUGUUCGAUGGUAACAAGCGGAACAAUCCACGCGCACCAGUCACCAACCACUUCAGCCACAGACUCAUGGCAACCAAAGUGCGCAUUGAACCCUUAGCCUGGGUUGAGAACGUCGUGUUGCGAUUGGAGUUGCUCGGGUGCCGCCUUAAUUGACCUACGUAAAACAAAAUAGUAUACAAAUAUUGAAUGCUUCGAGUGGUGUAGUA